CGGGAGAGGGGGCCGGGACGUCCGGCUCCAGAGGCCGAGUGACCCCGCAGGUGGGAGCCGCAGGAAGAUGGCGGAGCUGCGCGCGCUCGUGGCUGUAAAGAGGGUCAUCGACUUCGCGGUGAAGAUCCGGGUAAAGCCUGAUAAGACAGGCGUGGUCACGGAUGGCGUGAAGCACUCCAUGAACCCCUUCUGUGAGAUCGCUGUGGAGGAGGCCGUGCGGCUCAAGGAGAAGAAGCUGGUGAAAGAGGUCAUCGCCGUCAGCUGCGGGCCCGCCCAGUGCCAGGAGACUAUCCGUACUGCUCUGGCCAUGGGUGCGGACCGAGGCAUCCACGUGGAGGUGCCAGCUGCAGAGGCAGACCGCCUGGGUCCCCUGCAGGUGGCCCGGGUCCUGGCCAAGCUGGCAGAGAAGGAGAAGGUGGAUCUGCUGCUGCUGGGCAAGCAGGCCAUUGAUGAUGACUGUAAUCAGACGGGACAGAUGACAGCUGGAUUGCUAGACUGGCCACAGGGCACAUUCGCCUCCCAGGUGAUACUGGAAGGGGACAAGCUGAAAGUGGAGCGGGAGAUCGAUGGGGGCCUGGAGACCCUGCGGCUGAAGCUGCCUGCCGUGGUGACCGCUGACCUGCGGCUAAAUGAACCCCGCUACGCCACGUUGCCCAACAUCAUGAAAGCCAAGAAGAAGAAGAUCGAGGUGAUCAAGGCCGGAGACCUAGGUGUGGACCUGACCUCCAAGCUCUCUGUGGUUAGCGUGGAGGACCCGCCCCAGCGGACAGCUGGCGUCAAGGUAGAGACCACGGAGGACCUGGUGGCCAAGCUGAGGGAGAUUGGGCGGAUUUGAGCCCCUUCCCUGAAACUCAGCAAUAAAACUAUGACCCUCCCGA